CGUUAGUUUUUUUUGAGAGAGAGAUGGUGUACAUGUAUGUUGAUUAAUAUUUCAGAAACGCCUCGCUGCUGUGUAUUCGCCUUCAUUUCCUUUGAUGUUCCAUCAAUAUGCUGAACUGCUAACCAACGAGGAUAGACCGGGAAGAUCAGCAUCCACUGCAGGACAGAAGCUGAGACAACGAGAUCACGAACCAAGGGAAGUGGCCGCCAAGAUCACGUCUGAGGUUGAACCUCGACGGCUGCAUACUCUACUUGAAUCAGCCCACGAUGUCGGGGGAAUUAGCGUAUUUAUCUACCUUUUCGCUAAGGUGGUCGAACAAACAAAAAACGAAAAAACACAAGCUGAUACACUGUCCGUUGUCUUGUCGCUCCAGUACUCCUCUGCCUUUCAUGCCCGAGCCAUGGCUGAGGAGUCUGGGUUUGCAUUGCUCAAGAGGAUUCUGUUGUCACCAGAGUGUAGGAUUGGUUACCAUACUCUUAAGGUGUUGAUGGAAGCUGCGUGCGAUGGUGACGUAUUCAAACCCACAAAUCUUGCCGACGAUCCCAUCAUGCUUAACAUUGACUCCACCGCAGUGGUGCGCAAUGUUGCCAUUUUCCAGCAUUUCCUGCUAAACUGGAAAAUCUGGGAGAAAGCCAAACAAGGCGUGCUGGAAAUGCUAUUGGCUACCAUAGAUAUCUUGGUGCACGGUAGUCACUGUUAUUACACGUUCAAUAUCAUUCAGUUCCAGAAAGCUCAGCUAGUUCAACAAAUCCUGAUUGGCUGUCAAGAGCGCCAGAGUGAAGGGUGUAAGGAGAUUCCCCGAGUAAUCAGUUCUUUGUACGUGAACAUUAUUCAGAACAUCAUGGGGAAUCCCCCUGACCUAACAGUGCUGAAGGCCGUGUGUGAAUUCCUUAUUGCUGUUCACCCUACUGAUGACAUCACACGGCUGCAUGCACCGAGCAGAUGCUAUCUUAGGGAGCACUCACUUGACUUUGUUCAAGUCUCCAACCGUUCAUCUCCCAUGGUAAGACGUGUCAUUCCAUCUCCUCGCACCGCCCCGGUCCGUUCGAUUCACUCCACCAAUCCCUUUCAGUUCACCGGCCCAACGAAGAGCGCAUCAAAAAACGUACUGAGCCGCUCACUUAGUUUUGAGUCACUGGCAAACAAAGAUCUGUCGAAGACACGUAUGAACGUAGUUGGCGACAUUCAGAAUGUCCUGAAACAGGGACAUCUUACAAGGACAUCGUCGCUCAGUGUCACCGAGCUUAGCAGAUCAUUUUCAACAGGAUUAGAUCCAAGUUUACAACAGUAUGGUAAAUUUCUUGAGAAGAGAAAGGUAGCGACAGAAGAAAGAGAUGUGUUCCAGUCGAGUGGCUCUACAGAGGCGACUUGUGGAAGCCAGGAGUCCUUGGCAAAAGAGGCGUUUGCUGUGCCAGGCGGAGACAGAAAUCUCACUGUCACCAUUCCACCGCGCAGAGGAAGUGAAGGACUGAGCAGCAGUGCUCUUGUGUUGCACGAGAGCCACGUCUUGGAUCCUGACUCCAGGAACUCCCCUUCCCCCGUACGGAGUCCUGGGACCCCCCUGGGCAUGUCGUAUCCAGGGGUGCGCAGUAUCCCAGGCAGCAAACCAGUGGUGAUCAGAAGGUACGAGUCCACGCCCAGUAGAGAGGGACAAUCCAGUGUUGAUCUUAUGGAGUACGACUUCAUCAGCGAAUCAGAUUUCAGCUCUAUGCGCAGCAGUGUGGCUAAUCCCAGUUCCACUGAUGAUUAUUUGGUGGUGGAAGGAUUUCCUGGGAUCCAGUCAAGUACAGUGACAUAUUGCCCGACUCGUUCAGACAGCUACACUCAAGGUGUCGAUGCCAUGAUUAAACUGAGGUUAGGACUCAUGAAACUACUGGAGAUGAAACUGUUUAAUCUGCCAUCUGAGCACGUACCGGCGGUGAUUGGAGAAGUGCUCAAGGCAGAGUACAUGUUAGUGUGGGCCUACCAUGAUGCAGAUAAUGUCAGGGAGUUUGCCAUCAGAAUUCUGUUCCAGUAUCUACAGAAAGCAGAACCCAAGCGCUGUGAGCAGUUCCUUAGGAUCCAUGGUUUCCAUUUGUUGGCCAACCAGCUAUAUGAUCACGCUGUGACAAAGCUGUUGAUUGAAGGCUGCUUGUCAUUGCUUGUGGAUAGGCAGGUUGACUUGAAAAAGGACUACGAUUACUCAAGUGCAGAUGACAGAGACCUCGCGUCAUCAGUUCGACCCAUGGGCGUGGUCCCUUUGUUAGCCUUGUUAGAGAACAGCUUGUUGAAGCCGUCGUUGUUUCAUCUUCUGAUUCAGCACCUGUGCCAGUUAUUUAUCAAAGUGGAUGACCUGUGCCUUCAAGCUGUUGAUCACGGGCUGCUUGAAACACUGUGUAAUGUGAUCUACGGUCUUUGCAAUCUGCAACACAAACAAAGAUUAGCAAAUGGCUCGUUCGACGUAGUUAGCGUUGACGCAAUAAUGGGAGAUUUACAGCAAUUCAUAGUUUGCAUUGUGAGGAAAGCAUGCAGUACAAACGGCAACCUGUAUUUUCAAAUGUUUGAGGAUCUGUUAAUUGCUUUGGAGAAUUUAGAAGAACAGGAUCACAAGAAGAGAGAUCACGACCCUUCCACAUCCUACUGUGCUCGUUACUUUCGUCUGUUUGCUGUUCAAGUUGCACUGCAUUUCUUCCAAGAAGUUAGCAAAGGGGAAGGAUCAAUGGGAGGGAAAAAGACCAAACCAUCCGGAUUGAGAUUACCCUUCCGUGGUCCUGAGCAUAACACGGACCCCGUCCCAGCCUUCACUCCCGUCUCGUCCUGGGUCAAUCUUGACCGGGAUCAGUUCAAAUCGUGCCUGGACCCUAGCCAGUUGAAGAAGUCGCCAACAAGUGCAAAUUCCAAUGAGCAGACGCGGCGUUUUCAGAUCACCUGCCAGCUCGCUGUCAACUCUAUCGUUUAUUGUAAGACGUUCUUUCUUCCCGAGGACUUUGUUGCAUUUCAUUUUCCAUUUAUCGACAUGGACGUCCAUGAAUCACUGCGGCCUGGAAUGGUACGAGUCACUGGAGCAGCCAUUGAAAAGGAGUUUGCGCAGUUUGCGUUUAGUUUACUGCUUGAAAUUCUUGACGCUUGUUUGGAUGGAAGGAAGCGAGAAAUUUACAAACUUUUCAUCGUGUCCAAGGAUUCUUUAAAAGCGCAGGUUGGCAAGUUACUGGUGUUCCUGUUGAAUCCAAACCGGGACCUGGAUCUCUCGUGUUUCGCGCUGAAUCUUGUCCAUCAUCCACGCGCUAAAAAGAUCAUAGAAACAAUCCUGACUAGCAGUGGUGGACCAAAGUUGCGUGAACGUACAGCAGUGUAUCUGUUGAAGAUUCUUGCUCAUCCUGGACUCACUCAGGAGCAGAGGGCAACAUGUGACAAGUUCAAAGCCAUGAUGUUGUCUCUUAACCUACAGUCCAUGCGCUUGAACGCCGGCGAUAGCAAAAUCACUAAUGACGAGGAGAUGCAGUUGUGGGACUCGGCAGACAAAGCCGGAAUGAUGCAAUGGCAGAAGCAGAGAUCUGAUGCUUACAGAAGGCUGGAUAAGAGAACGGAGGACCUCAGUGAAGCUAUUUCUUCUGUAGCUAGAGAUGUGACGAGAGUAGUGGUAGAGAUUCAAGACACCAAGCGACAGGCCCUUCUGAAGCACACCAGAGACGCGCUUUCUGCCGAGGUGCAGAUCCGGAAAAAGUGGCGCCAACUUAUCGAGCGGCUCAUUCAUGAGAGAUCUGUGUGGUACGAUGCUGAGCAUUUCCCAUCGUCUUGGAGACUGGACCCAACUGAGGGCCCAGGCCGCGUACGGUGUCGCCUUCAGCGGUAUCACUUGGACGUCGACGAGAAAUACCUCAUGGAGGACUAUUGUGGAAAAAAGUCCAAAGGUAGAGGAACUCCACUCUCGUACCUGUUUGAAGACACUACAACCUCAAGCAAGAAAAACGUCUACUACAUCUUUGACACGCCUGACACUAUUCGCUUUCUUCAUCACUGUAAGAAUAUUACGUUGGACAACAAGAUCAAAGGCGUUCUAUUGAUUGGUGAAAGCCACAUGUAUUUUGUCGGAGAAGAGGCUAUUGCAGAUACUGAUAUCACACAGAUUUUGCUCGGUAACAAAGACGCCAUUUCCAUUUCUUGGUCAUACGAAGAAAUUCAAGAAAUUCGAACCAGGCGACAUUGUCUUCAGGAUAAUGCGUUGGAGAUUUUUCUCACCACAGGACGGACCUAUCUGUUGGCCUUCGACACUAGACAGGAUCGCGAGAUCGUGCUGGAACAGUUUAAACAGAGAAAUCUGCCGUGUUAUGAAGCACCUCAACAAGAACAUCUCGUCACUUUGACACAAAGCUGGCGUUUUGGCCAGAUGACCAACUUUCAGUACCUCACCGAACUAAACAAGAUGGCGGGCCGCUCAUUCAAUGACCUCAUGCAGUAUCCCGUCUUUCCUUUCGUGCUGGCCGACUUUGGUCACGAGGUGUUGGACCUUACUGAUAUCAAGAGUUUCCGUGACCUCUCUCGUCCGAUAGCCGUUCAAAAUCAAUCAAAGGAACGCAAAUACAGAGAAAACUUUAGAUGGUUACAAGAGGAGUAUAAACGCGCUAAUGAGGAGGAUCCCAUGUCAGCGCCCUAUCACUAUGGAUGUCAUUAUUCUAACAGUGGGACAGUUCUACACUUCCUCGUUCGACUGCCUCCAUUUACCAAGAUGUUUCUGCAAUAUCAAGAUCGCAGUUUUGAUAUCCCGGAUCGGACGUUUCACUCCAUGGCGACCACCUGGCGUCUGUCAUCGUUUGAAUCCGCUACUGAUGUCAAAGAACUGAUCCCAGAGUUCUUCUUUCUUCCUGAAUUCCUCGAAAACAUUGAAGGAUUCGAUUUUGGCCUUCGUCAAAAUGGCCAGCGAGUUAUGAACGUAGAGGUUCCGCAGUGGGCCAAAGGCAGCACAAGACUGUUUAUUUUAAUACAUAGACAGGCCUUAGAAUCAGAUUACGUGUCGCAGUACCUAAACCAGUGGAUUGAUCUUGUGUUUGGCUACAAACAGCGAGGACAAGAAGCUGAGAACGCUAUCAACGUGUUUCAUCCCGCGACUUAUUAUGGCGUGGAUGUGAAUGCUAUCACCGACCCUGUCCGUCAGAAAGCGUUAAAGACCAUGAUAGAAACGUAUGGUCAGACUCCACAGCAACUGUUUAUAUAUCCUCAUAGCUCUCGGCCACCGCGGAAACCGCAAUCUAUCCCACCCGGGGAAGGGAGUUCUUUGGUCUCUCUUAAUACUCGCAAGUUCCUAGAUGCUGACCCGUACAGUGGACCUCUUAUGAGCCGGCUUACAACGUCGUUCUCAUCUGAUUCCGGGACUAUUGUGGGAAGUACCGCUGACACGAUUACCGAGAUUUCAUCGCCGUUGAACACAGUCGAGGGCCUUAAAUGGGGGCAAUACGUGGGCUCCCCGGCUCUAGGUGCCCCAGCGGUGGGCUUCUCACAAACGCUCAACACAUCAGUACGUUCGCUAGUCUGCCUCAAGAAUGACAAUGUGUUCGUGCUGAGCCACAACUCCACACUAAUGACCGUGCACCAGGCGAGUCCUGGACAAAGCGAGGAACGAUUGUUGUGGUCAGCGGUGCUGAGCUGGGGGUACAUGGAUGGAUGUAUACGCGUGUGUACCUCGCCUGAUAGUGCCCCGGUCUGCCUCAUGGAACACCAUACACCAGAUAAGAUCACGUGUUGCGCUGUGACUGAUGGGUGUAAAUCGUUGUUCAUCGGGACAUCAACUGGCACGUUAUCAGUGUUACCUGUCAAAUACAACCCAACAACAGAACCCGGAAUAGAAGUGCUAGGUUCGAGAGUUCGUCUUCACGGACACAAAGACUCUAUCACAUGCAUAGAGCUGUGCCAGGCAUUCAGUAUUGUAGUCAGCGGCAGCUGCGAUACGACAGCCAUCAUUUGGGACUUGAACAGGUUAAGCUAUGUGAAAUAUUUGGAACACCGCAACACGGUGUCAGCGGUUUCCAUCAGCAGAACCACAGGCGAUAUGGUUACUGUCUCGCACACAAUGAGCUACAUCUCUGAAGAGAGCACCGUAGAAGAAGGAAGCGUGAUGAAGAUGUGGACAGUAAACGGCAGGUUUAUCGACCAAGUGACUUGUGAACACAUGAUCAACUGCCUGGAAUUCUCUGCUGCUCCUGAGGGAAUCUCUGUUAAUGUUAUCGCUACCGGGUUGAGUAAUGGCGCCAUAAGGCUAUGGAGCACGUGGGACCUGGGUCACAUCCGUGACAUAGCUCCAGACCAACACCUGUAUCAAGUAGCAAGUUUGACAUUCUCAGAGGAUAGCCAAAGGCUUUUUGCGGUCAACACUCACGGGAAACUCGUAGUGUGGCAGAGGAGAGACCAAAUAUAUACCAAGCCUCCAUUGAUCACGGUAUUCCAAAGAGGAUGAGUGAGAUUAUAAUCAGUGCAACUACAGGUCGCUCUAAGAUUACAAAACAUGUUGUAAUCUAGUAAAUGACGCGGGCAAUAGGGAAUUUGUAUCCCGACGCCUUAUUUCAUGACGUUCACUUGUAUAACAGUGAAUGAAAGUCUCAAUGAAGCUGUAACAAAAAUCAAGCGAGUAGGAAAUACGACAUUUAUUGCCUUCUUAGUCACUAUCAAUGACGUUGCACAUUUAUUCGCAAAACGU